AUGUCUGACCCCGCCUCGUGCUCUGAAAGACAAGCCUCCCCUCCGAUCUCCGGAACAUACUUAAAAUUGCGUAGAUCCCCUUCGCCUCCGGUAGUGAAUGGUGUCCCUCUACAUGUUCAACGCGCGUACGAUCAAUUCUUUGCUCAAAAGUCACUGCCCUUUCGCGAUGAUGAGCCGCUUAUAGGCGACCCUGACUGCUCAUGGAAAAGCGUCCAGAAACAUAUGCUUAGGGCAUGUCCCUUUAAGCUCGAGGACAUGAUUUUUGAAGAACGGCUUGGUGAUGGGAUAGAUGGUGUUGUGUUCAAGGUGAGCAUCGAUGGUACUCCCUAUGCACUUAAAGUAGGGAGCGCACCUACUAUGCCAUCCAAAAAGAAUGCUGGAACUGCGCUGUUGCAGAUGAUAGGUGCUUCUAUCGCGCAAUCAGAGGGGCCCAUCUACUUGAAGCCCGAGAUUGAGAGUCGCAAGGAUGCUCUGUACAAUACCCAAGCCUUUUGCAACGAAGCUCGCCAGAAGCCCCGUUUCAACAAGCUCCCUGGCGCUGUGCCCAUCACCUCUUUUCCACGAUUCCGAAAACGCUUUGGCUGGCUCAAAGCAAACAGCACUCGACUUUUCGAAGAUGGGCGGAUGGGCCCUCCGUGCGCUCGUGUUGGCCGUGACCGCCGUGCUAUGACUAAAGACGGCGAGUACUACGCUAUAUUAUACGAGUAUAUCUCGCCGGGCGAGCAGCACGUGGAUAUGGAAGGAUUGCAGGCCCAGAUGGACUUGCUCUAUCUCGUAGGCUUUGAUAUAUGCGAUCUCAAGCCUGAAAAUUGGAUUAGGGGAAUCUUGAUUGAUAUGGCUGCUCUCGAGAGUCCAUGGGAGAUGCACUGGUCCCAUCGUGCACACAAGCAUUAUGACGUGAACCGUAUUAGCUUUCUAUCUCAAGGCGUUUAA